AUGUCCAGUAUUUCAGAAAAGCUAUGGGAGCUGGAGGAGAACACUACUAUCCAUCUGAAGAGGAGGCGGGCUUUCCUCGCCCGUGCCAACCUAAGACGUCGACUACUAACCUGCUUGACUCUCCUCGCACUUACGCUCCUCCUCGGGCUUGAGAUAUUCACUCCUCCCCAUCUCCCGGACCUGCUAGACGUCUCCCUCUCCGAGCUCCAGGCUGGUCUCCAAAACGGGUAUUUCACAAGCCAAGACCUAGUUUCCGCCUACCUAGCCCGAAUCGAGGAAGUGAACUUCCGUGGGCCCUCGUUGCACGCGGUGAUCGAGAUGAACCCUUGGGCACUCACUCAAGCCUCGGCUCUGGACUGGGAACGCGCCCUCUCCGGACCCCGCUCGAAGCUGCACGGGAUCCCCAUAAUCGUCAAGGACAACAUCGCUACCCUUUCCCAGGAGGAGAUGAACACCACUGCGGGGUCCUGGGCGCUCCUGGGAUCUAAAGUACCCGGCGACGCUGGAGUAGUAGACAAGCUGCGCAAAGCGGGGGCGAUCAUCCUUGGGAAAUCGAACCUCUCCGAGUUCUCCCACGCGAGGGGAAACCUAGCUAGCGGCUGGUCUGGAAGAGGAGGACAGUGUACAUCUCCCUACUACCCUAUGGCGGACCCUUGCGGCUCUAGCGCCGGGUCAGGGGUGGUGAGUGCUCUCGGGCUCGCGGCUGCAAGUUUGGGAACAGAAACGGACGGGAGCAUCGUCUGCCCUAGUCAGAAGAACAAUCUGGUGGGUGUGAAGCCUACGGUUGGGCUGACCAGUCGCUGGGGAGUCAUCCCUAUCUCGGAACAUCAGGAUACUGUAGGGCCGAUGACCCGCUGGGUCUCGGACGCGGCUCUGAUACUGGGUAUCAUAGCCGGCCCUGAUGGGAGGGACAACUACACGCUCUCCGCUCCUCCCGUUCCGGAUUACAGGAAGGCGCUCGACCCUGGUGCGCUGAGAGGAGCAAGGCUGGGCGUGCCGAGGAAGAUGUUCCUCGAGCUGGAGUAUACGGACGUCGACCCCUAUGUGCACGUCGUGUUCGAGCAGGCUAUACACGUGCUCCGACAGCUGGGAGCAGUGAUCGUCGACCCUGCUGACCUACCCAGCGCGUACGAGAUCGCCAACAGUACUAGAGAGCAACUCGUAGGCCUUACGGAUAUGAAGGUGGACUUGAACAAGUAUCUUGAUACUUUGGCCGAGGUGCCUACGGGCGUGAGGACGCUGGAGGACAUCAUCAGGUGGAACGACGACCAUCCGGAACUGGAAAAGCCUGAGAAUUACACGGAUCAACAAGGUUUGGUCGCUGCCCAGGCUACGAAGGGGUAUGAUGCUGUUUAUUAUCGAGUACUGGAGGAAGACUACAGGAUGGGCCGAGAGGAGGGUAUUGACUACGCGCUGAAGACAUUCGAGCUGGACGCGUUGAUCCUCCCCAGCACAGCAGGCUACCCGAUAAUAACCGUCCCCCUCGGGUUCUACCCGCAAAACACGACGAUCAAGUCCUCCGGUCCUGUGACCGUCUACCCCGCACCUGGAGUCCCCUUUGGCCUCAGCUUUCUAGGCACGGCAUGGAGCGAAUAUGACCUGAUGGGGUAUGCAUACGCCUAUGAGCAGAAGACGAGGACCCGGUCGGCGGGAAAACCGUAUGUGGUGCCAAGGGCUCAGCUGGGGGAUUUUGUGUGCUCUGCAAGGGGGAGAGGGCGGCGCGUGCUGCUGGGUAUCGCCACAUCCUUGUUUUGGCCAGCUCGCUGGUGUGCUGCACAUUCUAAUUUCGAAGUCGGAUUCGAUACUCGAACGACACCUUGA